AUGAAGGUGGCCAGGAUAGCGCGGCUGACGGCCGAGGACAUUGCCGACCGGGAUUUUUCCUUUGAAGUGUCCAGAGUUAUCGCCAAGCCAUACGACCACCUCGCCUCUGGCCAAGAGAUCAAGACGACGCCCGUUCCCACCUUUCGAAAAACAUACGGCUUCGACGAGCAAGACUUUUGCCGAGCCGACGACUCCGAUAAGGCUCUCUUUGCGCUGACCGACGGCCAGCAGGUCAUGGGCUAUGCGUUUGCGCUGAAGGACUGGAACAACGUGGCGCUCCUGCACACCAUUGCGCUGGACGUCGAGGUUCGGGGGCAGGGCAACGGCGCCACGCUCUUCGGCGCCGUCGUCGGCUGGGCGCGGGAGAUUGGCGUGGCAGGCAUCCGAGUCGAGUCGCAGUCCAAUAAUGUCGCGGCCUGUCGCUUCUACAAGAAACUCGGCCUCAGGUUUGGCGGCUACGACGAGCUGCUCUACAUGGGAGUGCAGGAGCACAAGGAAGAGACCGCCUUGUUCUGGUACUACGUGUUAUGA